AUGGCCCUCGAACUUGCCGACAACGACAAGUACGAGGUCAAGGAAGUCAUUGGUCGUGGUGCAUUCGGAAUCAUUCGCAAAGUUCGUCGAAAACAAGAUGGCCACAUCCUGUGCCGCAAGGAGAUCAACUACCUCAAGAUGUCUCAAAAGGAACGUGACCAACUACAUGCAGAAUUCUCGAUCCUGGCCUCUCUCAGUCACCCCAACAUUGUCGGAUACUUCCAUCGCGAGCAUCUCAGACAGACCCAAGAGCUAUACCUGUACAUGGAAUAUUGUGGUGGUGGUGAUCUAGGCUGUGUCAUCAAAGAACUCAAACGCAAGAGCGAAUACGCAAAGGAAGAAUUUGUCUGGAGGAUCUUCAGCCAACUGGUCACGGCUUUGUACCGUUGCCAUUACGGAGUCGACCCGCCCGAACCUGGAAGCGACUUCUCAAGACAGAACGACACCCGGCCCCUCAACAAAGGCAAAAUGAUCCUACACCGAGAUCUCAAGCCAGAGAAUAUAUUCCUGGGGGAAGACCAGUCCGUGAAACUCGGCGACUUUGGACUGUCGAAGAUUAUGCAGUCGCACGAUUUUGCCUCGACCUAUGUGGGAACACCCUUUUACAUGUCACCAGAGAUCUGUGCAGCCGAGAAAUACACUCUGUAUUCAGAUAUAUGGUCACUAGGAUGCAUCAUGUAUGAACUUUGCACCAAGGAGCCACCGUUCAACGCAAACUCCCACCUGCAACUGGUUCAGCGUAUCCGAAAGGGAGACUUCAAACCGAUUCCAUCCAUCUACUCAAAAGAUCUUGCGAAUGUCAUCGCGAACUGCCUCAAGACGAAUCCAAUGCAUCGGCCGGACACGAGCUCGCUGUUAAAUGUGCCUUAUGUAUGGCUCGCUCGGAGGCAGCAAGAGAUGGUCACGAUAGGAAAGACAUUGAAGACCAGAGAGGAAAUCGCAGAGCAUAAGGUCAGACAGGCUGAAGAAAGACUCUCUGCCCUCGAAGCAGAUAGAGCUGCGUUGAAGGUGGAGAUUGACGCCCAGCUUCGUCGCGAGUGGGAGGUCAAAGCACGACUUGAAAUUGACCGACAAGUUCAAUUAGAGCUGGAAAGACUCCGCAAGAAGUUCGACAGGGAGGUCGACGAUCGUGUGGCACAAGUCCUGGUUAAGCAGAAGCACUCAACAGAAACUCGAGCACUGAGAGAGAUCCAAAACCCCCCUGCGAGAGCCUUCGACAAGGAGAACGUAAACCCUUCUUCAUCAAUCAACACAGCCGGCGAAGAAGAUUUCCCGUCAACAACAGAUAUCACUGACCUAUCGGACCUUUCACUUAACUCGCCGACCGCGAGUACCAAGUCAAUGCCCAAGAAGACAAAAACACCUUUUGCUCGGUCCAAGACCACCUUUGACUCUCCGGUCGAUAUUCAGAUGUCAGAGCCAUCACCGAUGUCCAUCUCUUCCUUGGCACUCUCCCCCCGUCGAAACGCCGCAGCACAGGCGACCGCCAACCCGACAGUCACUGCUGUAGGUGCGAAGAACCUCUUUGCCGAAGCGGCACGCCAAAAGGCUCGGUGGGAGCCACAAUUAGCUUAUUCAUCCGACGAAGAGAACAUCGAACCCCAAGAUGACUCGGAUGAUGAUGAUGGAUUCCCUGAAUUAGCAAGUCCCACGAGGGCGAAGGGAAACAUUGCCAACACUGAUCCCUUCAAGAACCCUGCACCUUUGCCGCUGAAGAAUAGACCAGGCAUCUUGAGACAGAAUACGACAGCCACUAUGCAGAAGUUAAUCGCAAAGCCAACUCUGUUCCCGUCAAGCAACACAGCAGCACAGGUGAGGGCAGGAAUCGCAGGAAUCGCUUCUGGAAAUAGCGCCAAUGCCAUCAAAGGUAUCCCACGAAAUGCCACAGAUGGCGAUCUGCGAUCCGUGGCAGUGAAGCCUACGAGCCCGAAUCGACGGCUCAGCAAGAUUCCAAGCCGAAACGACCUCAGAGAGCACGCCAUUGCUGAGGAAGGAAGCACUAGUCCGCUCAGACGAGCAGCAACUACAGCUGGUCGGCUCCCUAGUAAGCUUGGGGGCGGCCGAGAUGCUGCCAUUGGCACCAGCAUCGGAGGCCGAACUCUGGUCGAACUCGCUCAGGCGCGGGCUGGAGGCCACCUGAAUACAAAGGUCAAGACCAUCCCGGAACAGAGAAGCGAAAAAGAAUUACCUCCUGUUCCGGUCUGGGAUCCUGAAAUAUUUGGGGAUGAGAUGCCGAGUCCUUUCCUGAAGAAAGAUGUCAAAUCUGUGCGGGUUAUGCGGUGA